AUGGGCUUCUUACUGGUUACCCUGUGUGUUACUGUGGUUUACAUGCCCCAGGGAUCCUCUUUUCCAAUUUUCCAGAGUGACACCAAUACAGCCAGUUACACGAGCGGAAGCACCUAUUCCGAAUACUGGACCACAUCCCCUUCCACCACUGGAUACGCUUCAACAGGCGACACCACUUCCUACAGUACCGCUGGACCUACUUCUGCAAGUGGCACCACUUCCUCUGCUGAAAGUGGAACAACAGCUGCUAAUGGCACCACUUCCUCUGCUGAAAGUGGAACAACAGCUGCUAGUGGCACCACUUCCUCUGCUGAAAGUGGAACUACUGCUGCAAGCGGCACCACUUCCUCUGCUGACAGUGAAACUAAUGCUGCAAGUGGCACCACUUCCUCUGCCGAAAGUGGAACAACAGCUGCAGGUGGCACCACUUCUUCUGCUGAAAGUGGAACAACAGCUGCAAAUGGCACCACUUCCUCCGCUGAAAGUGGAACUACUGCUGCAAGUGGCACCACUUCCUCCGCUGACAGUGGAACUACUGCUGCAAGUGGCACAACUUCCUCCGCUGAAAGUGGAACUACUGCUGCAGGUGGCACCACCACCCAGGCCUCCAAUGCAACUGAGCCUAGUGCCCAAGGCGACACCACAGAUAAUUCGGAGUAA